AAGCGACGGAGAUUCCCGAGCGUGAGCCGAGCGGCCGAAGAGCGACGGCGACGGCCGAGCGGAGCUACCGAAGAGGGCCGAAGAGCGACGGGAGUGGCCGAAAAGCGGCGGAGAUGGCCGAGCGGCUUGAGGGCAGGCCGAUGGCGGCGCGGGAGGAAGGGCGCGAUGGGGCUCUGUGGGGGUCCCUGGAGCCGGUGCAGCGCGGCGCCGAGGCGCUGGUGUCCCGAGGCCGCUUCCUGGGCCGGGCGGUGGUGGUGAAGGAGCGCUUGCCCAAGGGCUACCGGCACCCGGCGCUGGAGGAGCGGCUGAGCCGCCGCCGCACGGCGCAGGAGGCCCGGGCCUUGCUGCGCUGCCGCAGAGCCGGGAUCGCUACACCGGUGGUGUUCUUCGUCGACCACGCGGCCAACCGCCUGUACCUGGAGGACAUCGAAGGGUCCGUGUCCGUCCGGGACUAUGUUAGAGCCGCCUCUCAGGCCGAAGCCGGUCCCGGGAGCCUCGUCCCCUUAGCGGGGGUGAUAGGGAAGGUUCUGGCGGAGAUGCACGACGAGGACGUUAUCCACGGAGACCUCACCACCUCCAACAUGCUUUUGCGCCCUCCGUCUGAACGGCUGAACCUGGUGCUCAUUGACUUUGGACUGAGUUUUAUAUCGGCCCUUCCCGAAGAUAAAGGGGUGGACCUCUAUGUCCUGGAGAAAGCCUUCCUUAGCACCCACCCUCACACCGAGGCUGUGUUCGAAGCCCUCCUAAAGAGUUACGCGGCCACUUCCAAGAAAUCCGGCCCCGUGCUCAAGAAGCUGGAUGAUGUCCGCCUCAGGGGACGAAAGAGAUCCAUGAUUGGGUAAAAAAAUAAAAUGACUGUGCCCCACUGAAUCGCCCAGACCACCUGUUUCAAAGGAGUUGACGGCCGGAGCCGAGAGCAGAUUUGGAAAGAAUAAAUAGGUUUAUUUUGAGAUGGGGCUGUAGUGAGCUUGUGUAUUAAAUCGGGUGAACGCCGGAA